CGCCCCCAUUUAUGGACGUCCAAUUUUACUGCUCAUUCCCUUCUCCUCCUUUUCCCUCCGCUCUCGUGUCUCCUCUGGUAUGGCUUCAGAUUGCUGUCUAAAUCCAGACACACUAAGCCUUGUUUCGCAUCCUUCUCUCUCUGCUGCUGCUGCUACAUUUAGCUUGUGCGUUGAUUCCAGGUCAAACCGCCACUACAGUGCUCGGGAUGGCUUUUGAUGGUGCUGCGCUUCCCUUCACUUUAUCUGUCUGUGUGCACGAGGUGGGGAAUUUGUACAGCUGAAGCUCGACAUGUACUGCUUUUUUUCUUUCUUUUUUUUGGUGAGAAAUUAGCUUCUUCUCCCCUCUAGGGACUGUAGCUUUAGAUGUAGAAGUAUUCCACAAGUCUCCAGAGAAACAACCAUAUGUCUGGAGCCUUGGAGACUGGAGAGCAGUGCUGCAACAGAUUUUUCAUUUUCAGUCACAGAAUCUGCGUUCUUGCUCAUUUUCACCAGUGAAACAGUGCUUGGAUGGGUCGGACCCCUUCACAUAACUCUCUGUGGGUGUGUGUGGGAUGUUGUGUCAGGGCUGAAGCCCAUCCCUCUCCCAUGAGCCUGUGUGCCCACACACACACCUGGCGCCUCCACGCACACACCCGGCGCCCACGUACGCACAGCCGGCACUGACGCUGUGAACUGGACCCUUGGAGCCCAACGGAUCCCAGCUGAGCCAAGCGGAGCGGACUCUAGCCCAGUUGGAGCCUGAGGAUGUCAACAGAGACAGAGCUACAGCCAGCGGUCAGGCCCAGCAGCGUCAGACGGGACUCCAAGAGGAAAGGGCAGGAUCGCAGCGAGGCAGCUCUCAUCAGGCGUUUUAAGGGCGAUGGCGUCCGCUACAAGGCCAAACUCAUCGGCCUGGACGAGGUUACUGCCGCCCGUGGAGACAAACUCUGUCAGGACUCGAUGAUGAAGCUCAAGGGCAUAGCUGCAGGAGCGCGGUCUAAAGGCGAACACAAACAGAAGGUGUUUCUGACCGUUUCCUUUGGAGGGAUCAAGAUCUUUGAUGAGAAGUCAGGGGUCCUCCAACACCACCAUGCGGUCCACGAGAUCUCCUACAUUGCCAAGGACAUCACGGACCACCGAGCCUUCGGCUACGUCUGCGGGAAGGAAGGGAACCACCGCUUUGUGGCCAUCAAAACCGCACAGUCGGCCGAGCCUGUGAUUCUGGACCUGCGGGACUUGUUCCAGCUCAUCUACGAAAUAAAGCAGAGGGAGGAGAUGGAGAAGAAGGCCCAAAAAGACAAGCAGUGUGAGCAGGCGGUUUACCAGACAAUACUGGAGGAGGAUCUGGAGGACCCGGUCUACCAGUACAUUGUGUUUGAGGCUGGACACGAGCCCAUCCGCGACCAAUCAGAAGAGAGCAUUUAUCAGGUUCCCACCAGUCAGCAGAAGGAAGGGGUCUAUGACGUCCCAAAGCGACACCCAAAUGGACAUAAAAAUACCCCCCACCACCAUCAUCACCAUCAACAUCAUCAACAUCAUCAUUAUCAUGAUCAGCCCCUCCAUCAAGAACAAACUGAACCACAGCAGCCGCAGGAGCCGGAGCUGGCAGUGGCUAAUCUGAUAGACUUAGGCCUGGAAAUGGUGACUCAGAAUAUCAACCAGUUAGAGAUUUUCGGAGACAUGUCUACGCCUCCUGACAUCACCUCUCCAUCAACCCCCGCCUCUCCAGGCAACACCCUCGACCCCUCGCAGGGCCUGCAGCCUCCCACAGAACUGUUUGCUCCCUUCAAUCCUGCGUCUGUGCCCUCAGGUUAUGUGACAAUGGGAGCAGUACCUCCUGGGCACUGGUCUCAGCAGGCGUUCGCUGCCCAGACACCGCUGGCCUUCGGGGUCCAGUCUCCUCUUGGCCCGGUAGCCCAGGUGCUGCCGGGCGGCCAACCUCUCAUCUGGGGCCAGGCUAACAUCUUCCCUGCCACCCAGCAGCAGUGGGCAGCCAUGGCAGCCGGAGCCUUCCCCCCCACAGCCUACCUCCCUGCCCAGCCCGUGGGCACCCUGCCCGCCGCCAUGUUCCAGACUCUCACCCCCGUCACGACUGUGACUCCAGCCGGCGAGAGCCAUUCGGGCGCCGGAGCCAGCGCUUCGGCUCCCUCCCCUUCUGCAUCGUCGAGUCCGCAGCACGGGGAGAGAGCGAAGAAGAUGGGGAAGGAGAUGUUCAAGGAUUUCCAGCUGGCGAAGCCUCCGGCCAUGCCAUCGAAGAAGCCUGAGCAGCCGAGCUUAGCAGGAACCUCAGAGGCAUUCAGCAGUUACUUCAGCCGUGUGGGCACCGCCCAGGACACGGACGACUGUGACGACUUUGACAUUUCGCAAAUGAACCUGACACCCGUCACCUCCACGACACCGUCCACCAACUCACCGCCCACCCCAGCUCCCAGGCAGAGCUCUCCCUCCAAGUCCUCAGCCUCUCAUGUCAGCGACCCCCCCACCGACGCCACAGACCCCCCUACGGACGACUCGUUUGGGGAAGCGGAGGGCAGCCCAAGUCGCAGUGGAGAGGAAGAUGCUGCAUGUGGUUCUGGGUCGCCCUGCCCCAGCGAGACAGCAGAGCCCAGCCCAGACCAGGCCAGUCCAGAGGCUGGGAGCUAGAUAGCAGCAGGGCAGGAAGGGGAAGGACCCUCUCUACGCCCAGAUCAACAAAGGGAAGAAAUAAAGAGUCUCAGAGGAAGACAGACCUGACCAGCACUGAGAGAACAGGAGGAGAACCCUUAACCUCUGUGUGCGUGAGUGUGUGUAUGUGUGGUACAUCCCUCCUGGCCAAGCCUCCAUUCUCCUUCUUCUUCUCCUUCUUCUGCUAACAACCUCCUAGGAGGAGCAUCCACACUCCCACUGUCCUCCCUCCAUCCUCCCUCUUCCUCCUCUCUGCAGUCUUUCCUCCUCCCGAGAAGAGAGAGCCCUCUCGGUCAUUCAAUCCAGGCAGGAGGGAUAUCAAUCACUGAGACGGAUCCAGUUCUCCCUCCACUGCGCUGUCUUCUCCUCUCCUGUCUCGUCUCCCUGUGGCGACUCACACCCAGCCUUACAGACAUCACCUCCCCUCUCCCCCCGCCCUCCUCCUCUGCUUCCCUCCCUUCCUCCUGUUUGCUCUCUUCCCUCUGCCUCCUGUGUCUGGCCAGAAACUGUGCUGCCAAGAAGGGACUGAUUCAAGCAGUGCCUCCCUGUUCUCCGACACACCCACACAAACACACCCACAUGCACACGCUCAUCGGGAUUAGAAGUGAUCAUCUUUCGUUUUAAUGGACAGAAUCUGCAUUUGUAGCCAGCAGAUCCCAUGUGGGAGGAGCCAGACUCUUAACGGGCCUAUCAGGGACGGCCCGUUACCGGGAUCGCUGCUUUCUGAUUGGUUGGUUCGGGCGUAUUUUUCUCCCUCCAUACUUGUGAGUGUCUGCUGGGUCACUAUGCAGAAACAGACUCUCUGGGAGCUACUCACACACACACACACGCUGACUACACACUUACACUUUGCACACAGCAAUCAGCAUCAUGCAAACACACACACACACCAUGCCACACCCUCUCUUAACAUGCAUACACAGUAAAUUUGCCAAACGUCUCUCCUCGCAGACAGACUCAUGCGGAGGCCAGAGGACCAGACAUGCUGAGGAAUGGACCCUGAGAUGGGAUGUGUUGCAAGUUAAACAGAUUCUGUGAUUGAACUGUUCAUUCUCUAUAGCUUUUGUACAAUACUGAUUUAAAACAAACAAAAAAAAAAGAACAAAUUGAAAAAUGGAAUUUUUAUUUUAUAAGUCAAUCAAGCCGCUGGGGUCAGCUCUAUAGGAGUUAUGGAGUCAACAUGGCUUUAAGGCAUCUGAUCGUUGGUUUGCCAAACUCAUUUUGUAAAUAAUGAUAACAACUACAACCAUUUCGUCAACUGGACUUCUGUGCCAUAAAAUAGGAAGGCUUCAGUUAUGCAAACUCUUAACGUUAACCCAAGCAAUACCAACAUAUGUUUUCUUUUUUUUCUAUGUUUGCCUCUUCUUCCCUCCAAUAUUUCGUUCUUGUGCAUGGAUGUUGUGCGUCUUUGUCCGAGCCUCACUUACUAACCCUGCUUCCAGCUCUAAAAACCUCGCACCCCUUUGUCGACUCGAGUCCCAACAAUUUAUGUUGCCCAAAACGUAUACACCUCCAGCCCUGUGCUUCUGUACAACAAAACUAUCGUUUUUAUGUUGCGGGCAGCACACACAGGCCUCCUCCAUCCCAUUUCCCCCAGACUAGUCUUUUAAAAAUAACAGCGAAUCUCUGCCCAUCUGUCUGUCUGUUGGUCAGGUGCCAAAACUGCUGCUGUCCGAGUGUGGACCGCCGCAUCCUCUGCUACAACUACAUCAACUGUGAUGCCAAUGACUCCCUAUUUUAUGGCCAGAGUCCCCCAUGUCACACGAGAACUCUUUUUGGACUAUGAUGUUGAUUAACUUAAAAACUUUGACAACUAGAAGAUGAGCGAAGAAUUAAAAAGGGAAACGUUGCUGUUUGAGUACAUAACAUUUCUAGACCUAUUUUAACUUUACCUCAGCUAACAGUUUCUUAAUGUAAAUUGACACAUUAUUUUUAUCUUUAUGAAUAUGACAUUCUACAGUGGGUUUUUAGAUGAUUUUUUGGUUCUAUCUUGAUUUACGUAUUCCACCAUGUAUUACUGUUACAAAUAAACACAUCCCAAAUGA